AAUGAAUGUCUUAUCAUACUUCUGCACCCAGUGACUGGACUGAUUGUGCAGGAAAGUGAACUGCCCGGAUCUGAGAUGAGUGCUGAGACAGGUAGAAAGCGCACCUCUAAUCUGUCCAGUGAGAACUCUAUAUACACCAUGGUCCCUGAUGCCCAUCCAGAUGGCCCCGGCAUUAGGCCAUCUCGACCAUCCAAGAAAGGAAUCGCCUUUGGGAAACGCUCUAACUCCAUGAAAAGGAAUCCAAAUGCUGUAGUCACAAAGAUGGGCUGGCUGUACAAACAGGCCAGCUCUGGAGUAAAGCAGUGGAACAAACGCUGGUUUGUCCUUGUCGAUCGUUGCCUCUUCUAUUACAAAGAUGAAAAAGAAGAAGGGGUUUUAGGAAGCAUCCCCCUGUUAAGCUUUCGUAUCUCUCCUGUUCAUCCAUCGGAUAACAUCAGCCGUAAAUAUACUUUCAAGGUAACAGUGUGCUGGGUAGGUGAUGAGUCUCUCCAUAACAAAGCCCAAAUGUCUCGACAGGCAGAGCACGCUGGCAUCCGCACUUACUACUUUAGUGCAGAAAACAGAGAAGAGCAAGAUUCUUGGGUGCAUGCAAUGGGGGAGGCAUCCCAGGUCCAGAAACUUCCCACUCCAAGACUAGAGAGGAAGGACAGUGAAAAUAUACCACCUGCCAGAGAUCAAGAUCCAGAAACACGAAGCCGUGGGGAAGGAGAUGGAAGAGGUUCUGAAAAGUUGGAGAGGAGAUCUGAAAGUAACCAGUUAACCAAAGUUAAUGGUUCAGGGGCUUCAUCUGAAAGAAUCGCAGACCUGGAUCUCCCAAGACAUUUACUUGAAGGAGAGCACCCUAUGCAACCAAAUGGAUGGAGUUUUGCCCCUUCACCAGUUCGACCAGCAAGUAAAGCUUUUCCAGAAGGAAAUGGGCAGCGGGCAAACCUGCCGCGUACACACCCAGAAAAACUGGCACAGAGACAAAAUUCUAUGUCACAGCUGCAGCAGUGGGUCAAUCUACGUAGAUCUGCUGUUCCUACAGAAGAAUUGCAAAGCCCUAACAGAUAUUUGCCAGGACCGCACGUUAUUCCUGGAUACUACCCUCAGUACUCUUCACAAUAUCCUGAUGGCUAUCAGUACUACACUGAGGCAGGAUCACGGCCUGACAGCAUUUGCUCUAUGUCUGCUUUUGAUAGAGACAUACCACGGUGGGCCGUGGAGGACAGGCAACAGAUGUUCCACAGUAGGCCAUCAUAUGAGCCACGGGAGUGGAAGGACCCUGGUGUUUAUGGACGUCCAGUAGAACUAUGGGCUCCUCGCCCAGCUUUGUACUACCAGGAGGCUGAUGCAGUUUGUGGAUCUCUCCGUCGCCUCUCGCUACAGCCUCGUUCUCGCUCAGUACCACGCUCUCCAAGCCAGGGGACAUACAGAACUCGUCAGAGAGUCUGUUCUCCUGUACGCUCCCCUAGUGCACGAUUUGAACCUGGGUCUCGGGAUGAGAGCUUUGGGGAUCCAUCUGCUUAUACCAUGAGACGUUCAAUCAGUUCUCCAAAAUAUGAUUAUUUAGGAGACAGACGCCCUCUGCCUGCAGGAGUUUACUCUUACAGCUACCCAGCUUCCCCACCUCUGCAUGACAAAAUGGAUGAAAUUUUAGAUCUGCAGUUACAGAGGCACCUUGAUUUUUUGGAUCAGCAGAUGAGUGAGAGUGAGACAUUGAUCAGCAUGGUGAAUGAUAUGGUACACUGUUCCCCCAGAGCACAGAUCUUCAUGCAAGUGUCUCCAUACACAGAUCCUUACAGAGAGGCAUUGCAGAGCUACAAGUUCAGUGAACAAGAUACUGAUAAACUCCUGGGCAGACUGUGUGAACAACACAAAGUAGUGAGAGAGCAAGACCGUCUGGUGCAGCAGCUUAGAGCUGAGAAGGAGAGUCUGGAGAGUGCGUUAAUGGGAACUCACCAGGAGAUGGAGAUGUUUGGCAGUCAAACAGCUUUUCCUGAUAAGUUAUUACAUCGAAAGGAAUCUCUACAGAACCAGCUGAUCAGCAUUCGUGUGGAACUGUCACAGGCUACUACAGCAUUAAACACCAGCACUAUGGAAUAUGAAAUCCUAGAAGCAGAGGUGUCUGCUUUGCAUGAUGCUUUAUGGGAACAGCUAAAUCUUAACAUACAGAAUGAGCUGAUGAACAGACACAUUCAGAGAGAAAUCUGGAGAAUUCAAGAUGUAAUGGAAGGACUUAGAAAGAAUAACCCCUCUAGGGGUACAGACACAGCCAAACACAGAGUAGUCACAGGACCGUCAGCAACGUUCAGUUCCAACAGCCCAGCCAGUCCCUUAAGUUCUGCCAGUCUCACUAGUCCCCUCAGCCCCUUUUCACUCAUCUCAGGAUCUCAGGGAUCACCAACUAAGCAUACCACAAGUGAGGACUCGGGCCCCCCUCGGCCCCCUCUCCCUCUUUCAUACACACCUCUGGAUUCUCCUCCAGCAGUCCCUCCACCCCCAGGGGAGGGCCGCUUCCAGCCUUGGCCUUACCCUGUCUCCCCCUGCUGGCCACACAGUGAGGUAAAGCUCAACUUAGAGCCAUAUAAGAGAGAAUCACCCCAUCUCUUACCACCUCUGCUGAAUGAAGGAGUUAGCUGCCCGCCCACAAGAGCAGAUGUAGAGACUGAAAAACAAUGGCAGCUACAACAGCAGGCUGCUAAUAAAGUGGGCAUUGUUCCUCCACGCACAAAGUCACCAAGUGAUGAAGGAUCAGUGACAAAACAACUGGUUGUAAGAAGAGGAGGAAACCACACAUCAAAUGGUCAGAUCUCAAGGGAACGUCCAAAAAGUGCUCUGUUCCCUGCUGAAGUUAAGUCCAAAAUGAGUGUGGAAGAGCAAAUAGAUCGCAUAAAACGGCACCAGAGUGGGUCUAUGAAAGAAAAGAGGCGGAGCCUUCAGCUCCCUCCCGGUCAGCAAACAGAUCCCAGCACUACCAAACCAGCAGGCACAUACCGAGUGGUAAGAAGGCAUAGGAGCAUUCAUGAGGUAGACAUCUCUGACCUUGAAGCAGCUAUACGUUCACAAGAAACUCAAAAGAUGUACGAGUCCCCACGAGAGGAGAUUGCACGCCUGCGCAAGAUGGAUGUGGAGCCUCAGGCAUUUAAUGUAGACAUCAACAGAGAGCUCUCCACUUCAGACAAGCUAUCCACACCAAAUAAGGUGCUAAUUCCAGAGCGGUACUUUGACAUGGAACCCGAUGGCCCUCUAAGCCCAGAGGAACUGCAAGAGAAGCAGAGAAAGAUGGAACGGAUAAAAACACUUAUCGCAAAAUCAAGUUUGCAGAAUGUUAUUCCCUUGAGUGACUCUGAACUGGAGAUGCCACCAGAUCCUGAAUCUCAGCUUCAGGAGCAGGAGAAGCGUAUAGAACUGUCCUGUGCAUUGGCAACCGAAGCUUCACGACGUGGUCGUCUUCUUUCUGCUCUGUGCGCCACCCCAAGUCCCCCUACGUCUCCCACGUCCCCAGCUCCACAGACCCUCCCCUCUUCUUCUGAACACUCAGCCCCAGGGGGAGGCAGCAACAGCAGUGACAGCGCUGGGGAAUACGGGGCGAACAUCAUGUGUGUCUGAGUCAAAGUCACAGGCACAGCUGCAAAGUUGCACAGACCUUAGUUGAGCUAAAGCAGGUCCACCUGUUGUGUCAGCUGCUGGCGUGAGGCUCCGUUUUCCAGCACAGGUCCACACCACACCUGGACUUCACAGAAUGUUCUGGAAUCGCUCAAGUAUGACGUACUGCAACAUCAGAGGACAAAAAGGAUCCGAUAUUUCCUC